AUUCUGAGCUUCUGAAAUAGUGAAGUGAACCGACUAACUACUCCUGAGAGUUUCCCGAGCGUGAUAAGUGACACGCUGGGCAAUGCCAUCAGAAAAAUCAACAGAUUCCUUCUGUAUGGGAGGCAUUGCGAAUGAUUGGUCCGUUCAUUGGGAACGGGCUAUUGAGUGCAAUAUACGAACUUAAGAUCUUCUUAAGCACCCGAUACCGAUCAUCGUUGUUAGUAAGGUUUUAUGUCUUUUUUUCCUUUGUUCAAUGGUUUUUUGUAAUGGAUUUUGUUCUUUUUUUUUUGUAUGUCUUGUUCGAGUCUGGGGUCGGGCACUGCGAAGAGGAGGAAAAAAAAAUUAAAUCAAAUAAAUAAAUCCAUUACUUCUUUUCCCCAGAUAUGAUUAUAGCCAGUAUAAGAAGGAUCUUUGCGUCUUUCCGGACUGAAGAGGAAGAAAGGUUGUAUUCCCGUAAAGCGUUCUUCAAUUUAUUAGGCUUUUUAGGUAGUUGUGUUAUCUAUUCAUUUGUUGCUCAAAAAUUAUCAAAACAGCCAACUGGGAUAAUUGGGUAUUGAUUUUUUCCUACCAGUAAUAUUUUUAUUCUACCAUAUAGUAAUUUUUUUCUACAAGUAGUCUAGGUACGGCAUUAGGAUAUUGAUUAUAUAGAAGUAGUAAUAAAAGGAAACGUUAUAAAGAAGAAAAA